AAUUAUCAGAAUAGAAUGGAAAUCGGAGUUCAAAAAUAAACAGAUGAAGAAAAUUAAGCAUAACCAGAGUAAUUCAACAAAUUAGACGAUAGUGGAGAUAAAAAACAAACUGGAUAUUGUGGAUUUCUCACAGUUGAGUAUCAUCAGAAUAUUAAUAUAGAUAUUACACUCCAUAUUUCAAUGUUACAGAAACAGAUGUAAUAUCAAGAAUCAAAGCUACAUUUUUACCUUUUCAACCAGAUUUCUUAAAUAUCACAAAAGAGAAUCCAGAUUUGUAUUUAUUAUAGACUGACUAAAUAGAUGGGGACCAAUAUGGAUUAAUGCUACUCUAAUUUUUAUGAUUACAGCUAUCUCAAAUUUGAGAUAAGUAGAUUCAGAGAAUGAGACUUAAUAAUUUAAUGUUGGUUAUGUUCCUUAAGCAACAGCUUUACUAUACAUUAUUGCAUUUGGAACUCCAGUCAUUUUAGCAAUUGUAAUGAAGAUCUUAGGAGUUGACCUAAGUUUCUUCUAAACCAUUUGUUUAUAUGGUUAUUCCAUGUCAACAUUAUUACCAAUCACUAUUUUAUGUUACUUUUAGAAUGAGUUUUUUUUGUGGUUAAUUAUUGCAUAUGGAGUUGGAAAUUCAAUAUUGUUCUUAAUUUUUAAUUUGAAAGAGUAAUAAUAUAUACAAUAAUAUUAGAGAAUUAGAUAAAUUAUAGAUCCAAAAGAAGUACAUAAUUAUUGGCAUAGUAAUUACGAUGCAAUUGUCUCUCUAUUUGUUUUAUAAAUUCGUUUUCUUUUCUUAUGUUUCAGAGGGAAAUGUAGAAACCCCAACUGGUGCAAAAUAACCAGGUAAUUGAUUGUUCUAAAUCUAUAUUAUAC